GUGAACUCCAGUAAAAAAGACAGCAGCAGGUGCAAAAGACAACACAGAUCAAAUCUGACAGAUAAAUAUUAAACUUUUUGUGUUCUUUGCCCUACACUAAGACUGCCAGGCACUCACGUCCUGUUAACUCUCAUAAAUCCUCCUCUAACACUGGAGCAGGUGCACACCACAGCAAAGCCCCCAGUCCAGACCAUAACCAGGUUCAGUCCGACCUCAGACCUGCAGGAGCCUCUGCGUGUGACGGAAACGCUGCGUCCCUGGCAGACAACACUCAGGGCGUAAGGUACAGAAAGUUCUCCACUCCUCCGGUUCCUCCUCCACCUUCAAUGGGCGUGGCUGUUGGAGCCUGUAGAGCAGCAGUGACGUGACUGUGCUUGUUGUCCGUCACCGGUAAGUAAAGGCGACAUGUCGAGCACGGUCGAGUAUGACUGCGUGGUGAUCGGGGCCGGGGUGCAGGGCUCCUUCACGGCCUACCGGCUGGCGGAGAACAACCAGAGGACUCUUCUGCUGGAGCAGUUCGUCCUGCCCCACACCCGAGGGAGCUCCCACGGCCAGACCCGCAUCAUCCGCAAGGCCUACGAGCAGGACUUCUACACCCACAUGAUGGAGGAGUGCUACGAGCUGUGGGCUCAGCUGGAGAGGGAGGCAGGUGUGCGACUGUACAGACAAACAGGACUCCUGGUGAUGGGACCGGAGAACAGCCAGAAUUACCAGCUGUUUAAAACCACCCUGGAGAGGAACAAGGUUCCCACGGUGGUCCUGACCCGUGACAACUUCAGCCAGCACAUCCCCAACUUCAACCUGGCCGAGGGAGAUGGAGCGGUGGUGGACAUAACUGCUGGCGUUCUGUAUGCUGACCGCGCACUCAAGACCGUACAGGGGCAGUUUCAGAAGUUGGGUGGGAUCAUAAAAGACAAAGAGAAGGUAAUGGACAUCAAGCCCGGCCCGGUUGUGACAGUGUCAACCUCUGCCGGUGUUUAUCGAACCAAGAGACUGGUGAUCACGGCCGGACCCUGGGCUAAUAGACUGCUGAGCCACACUGGCUUACAGCUGCCACUGGAGGUGGUGAAGAUCAACGUGUGCUACUGGAAGGAGAAGGUUCCCGGAUCAUACGACGUGAAGCGGCGCUUUCCCUGUUUCCUGCUCACCGAGGGCGAGGAGGCCGACGAACACAUCUACGGCCUCCCGUCCAACGAGUACCCGGGUCUGGUGAAGAUAUGCUACCACAUGGGCAGCGAGACAGACCCGGACCAGAGAGACAAGCAGACAGACAGGUCUGACAUCGACAUCCUCCAGCGCUACGUCGCCCGCUGUUUACCGGGCCUGAUCCCUGAACCUGCCGUGGUGGAGAGCUGCAUGUAUACGCUAACACCUGACCGUCAUUUCGUGCUGGACCGUCACCCCAACCACAGUAACAUAGUGAUCGGAGCAGGAUUCUCAGGUCACGGCUUCAAGUUUGGACCAAUCAUUGGGAAGCUUCUGUGUGAACUCAGCCUGGGAGAAGUGCCUUCCUACGACCUUUCACCUUUCCGAAUCACACGCUUCCAGGCGAAGACCAAAUCAGCUCUAUAGAGCUUUAUAGAACUGGAGCAUCAAGAAGUUUUAUGUAAUUGUAACGAACAUAUGAUUUGACAUUGUUGUGGUGAUUUAGAACAAUCACACAAUAUGUUUUGUCUCCUGUUUUAUUUGAUGUUGCCAAUUCCACAUGGCGUGAUCAGCUGUGCAGCACUUAAAGGUCCCAUAUAAGCUAAAGCUCUCUGUCCAUGUGUAGUGUGAUUAUAGAUCAGGUCUAGCUUCUAUAUUAAUACUGUGAAAGUAUCAAAGCCUCAGUCCACAGAGAAAUGCACACAGCCUGUAUUCAGAAACUGAGCCUUAAAACCAGCCGUCAGGACUUCUGGAACUUUGUGAUGUCACAACGAAAUAUAUCUUCUUAUGGAUCAACUUCAAAUAAAACACAGGAAAUGUGUAAAAUAUGGAGCUUUAAGCAUUAUGAAACUUGUCAGUAUGUUUAUAUGCACUUAUGUAACCAGGUUACAGUCUGCAGCUUUCUGCAGUCAUCUGAUUUCUCAAGGGAAUAGUUUGACAUUUUGGGAAAGCCAAGAGUGAACCUCUCUAAUUUCCGUACACUAAAUGUGAAGCUACAGCCAGGGGACGAUUAGCUUAGCUUAGCAUAAAGACUAGAAGCACAGGGAAACAGCUAGCUUGUCUGUGUGUCCGCCAGCACUUUUACAAUUUUUUAACACAUCUUGUAUGUAUAAUUCAAUAAUUAAUGGGAAAACAGAAGUGACAGAAGUUUUCUUCGUUUUCGCCACAGAACAUUUAUCAUUUAUCAGCAGGGUGAAAGGAGAGGUCAUUUCAUGCAGCAGCAGAAACUCGUCUGAAUAAAACCAAAACAGAGGAGCUUCUGGAAAUGUAAAUGAGUGGGUAUAUUUCACACAGUCUUACAAACUAUUGCACAUCAGCUUAAUAAAACAUCCAUGCCUUCUCUAUAGUGCCUUCCCUCUGAGUGCGUGAAAAUACCUCAGAGCGACCUUUCCUGUGUUCAUGUACACGUGCAGAAAUACUCAAGUGGACACAUAUUCUUAAAAGCCGCAUUUCAAGUGAUCACUAUUCCUCAAUAUUGCUUUAAUACUGCGCAUUUCACUCGAAUUGUACGGAUUUAUAUGAAUGAAAGAAGAAAACAAGUCUUGUGUUUUUCAAAGCAACAAGAGCUUUAUGUUUUUCACCAGCAAUAAACUUAAUUUUGAGCUGAGAACCAUCAAUGACAACAAGAUUCUGACAAUGUUGUGCAAUUGUAAAAUCACCCAUCUGUGACAAAUGGUAAUAAAAAAAAACGCUUAUUGUCUUA